AUGAGUGAACCUCCGAAAAAAUAUUGUAUUUUUGGUUGUGAUGCUUUAGUUGCGCGGUGUACCCCAACACCGUUUUCCAAAUCCCGUUUUCCAAAUCCUGAGAAGCGUCGUGAUUUAUUUACUGCCUGGGUACUACCGGAGGUCUUCUUAGUUGGUCAACAAUCAAUACCAACCAUUAAUUUGAAUCGUGUGCAGCAAUCACUAUUAACAUUUGUUGAAAUUGACCAUAGUUACUCCUGUCCAAGAAGAGAAUAUUCACAAUCUAAACCUUUGGUUAAUAUAACAAAUAUUCCUGGAACUUCUCUAUGUAAAGUGUCACUAGGUGGCCCCACUAAACGUCAAAUGCCAUCUAGUUCUACAACUUCAAAUAAAGAGAACCAUGAUGAUCUAAAAUCUUCAAAUAAUUUUGGUGCAGAUAAAAUGUUCAAGUAUCUGCAGAAAACGUCUCAGACUUGGUGUGCAAGAAAAGCAAGAAAGAUGCAAAGUGAAAUAAGAACAUUGCACCAACAAGUUAAAUUUCAAGUCACGUCU